AUUUGUUGUUUCAUUAUUCAAUAUAUGACUUUAACUAUUUGGACUUUAACUCAUUCUAUCUUCAAUCAAAAUGUCAAGAGGAAUAAAAUCAGCUUCGUCGACUACAACACUGUCGUCAGCCUCGGAUUCCAGUUAUCUCUCCGGCAUUAAGUCUAUAGGGACGAGUGAAGGGUUUAAUACUUGGAAUCUCAUAUCGCGAAAAACGCUGGAAGACCCCUUCUGUAUGACAUGUAAGUUUCGCAUGGGAACCAAGAUCCAACGUAUAAGAAAAACAGUUGUUCAGCGCCCGAAGCGCAAAACGGAGGCGUCCAAAAAGACCGGAAGUGACGAAGACGCCACCUCGUCCUCGUCAGAACUCAGCCAGGAUUGGGACGACUUUGACGAUGAUGCCGAUGAUUUGGUGGCAUUGUAUGAGGAGUUGAACUCACAGCCCCUGAAGAAGGCGGCCGCAAGUCUUAUCACCGCACCGAGAUACACCAUCCACAGGCCAAUCUCAGGAGUCGAAGACGUGGUGAUGGAUAUCGCCACCGGUGGAUCCAAGGCGCAGAAGCUGUACUUAAAGAAAUGCGCGGACUUCCAAACGGCCCCAAGCCGCCUCUUUCUUGAAGGACUUGUACUUCCGGUUAUAGACAUCGGUCACCAGAAUGUAGGACCGAAGGGCGCCGAAGCCUGCGCUAUUGCGCUGACGCAAACACGGAGUGUGGAGAUUUUACACAUGAACGGCAAUGCGAUAGGGUAUCGAGGAGCCAAAUACCUCGCCCAUGUGCUGAAAGUGAACCGGAAUAUAUACGAGCUUAACCUUGCAGACAACAACAUGGGUAUCCGUGGCGCCCGGCACUUGGUGACGUCAAUCAUGGACAUUGACAGGAUCACUAGUCUUGAUCUUUCCAACAGUGGAUUUAAGGAGCAAGAUGCCAUCAUUUUCAAGCAACUGCUCGAGGAAACACGGAACCUCGCGUACCUCAACCUAAGCCACAACCAGUUCCGAGAGACGGGUGGUCGGCUGCUCGGGGAAGCCCUGAGUUACAAUGACGGUCUAGAGGAGCUGGAUCUUUCCUGGAACCACCUCCGGCGAGAGGGCGUCAUCGGCAUUGCUGAGGGACUCAUGGAUAACACAUCCUUAAAGCGGCUGAACCUUGCAUGGAACGGGUUCCACCUAGAAGGUUGUCUCGCGCUGGAGAGGACGUUACCGUACAAUACAACACUUGAGGCAUUGGAUCUCACCAACAACCGCAUACACCGGGAAUGUGUUGCUGCCUUAGCUCGUGGUCUGGCACACAACAUAACACUAAAUGCAAUCAUUCUGAGGUUCAAUCCCCUGACACAGGAAGGCGCGCACGACAUGCUUCAGUUUCUCGCAGACUGCCGUACUUCCGGUAUCAACCUAGUCGACUUCGGGAUCAUGCAAGUGGAGCCCCGCUGUCUGGCCCGUAUAAACGAGGUGCACCUCCAGGGGCGCGCCUUAAGGGUGAUACACGGGCAGAUCGUCGGUGAGAUGACGAGUGCAAGCCCGGAACUUGAGCGCAGUCUUAUCGAGGAACAUCCGGCACUCGUGUUGAUUGAGUUUGGGAAGCUUAUGGGGUUCCGAGUGACGGAUUUGUUCAACUCGCUGGACAAGGACGGUAACCGGGCUUUGGACAGGGACGAGAUACGGAAAGGCUUACAGAUGGCCAAUAUUCCUCUUAGCGACAGGAGCAUUGACAAACUCAUUGAAAGGCUAGACAACAACGGAAAUGGAGAAAUAGAAUACGAUGAGUUACUGCUAGCGUACCAGGAAUACCGGAAACACCACGCCGCCUUGAUAGAGGCUCAAAACGGAGAUAACCCUGCACUGUUGGAGGAACUUCCGCUCUGGCGCAUCCGGACGUGCCUGCAGAAACUCAUGGCUGAAAAGAUGAAGGACUUUCAUUCUUUUAAACGUAUUGCCGACCAAAUAGCAAAACAUCUCAAAAACGUAAACGACGAAAUCGAGGCGAAGCGCGAACAAAUCACGCGAGAAAGAGCCCGGCGCCCAAGAAAAGUCCGCUCUCGGCCAACGUCCUCGCGACCUAACGGUCAAAACUGGAAGUCGACUCCAUCCCAACAUGGCGCUGGGGGCGGACAGGCGAAUGACACCGGAAAUUUGGAUGACGAUGACGAAAUCGAUAUUAACAUGGUGGACAGCGCGGAUCCGGCGCCGGAAGAGAGCGAGUUGACAGCGCCUUCAACUGUGAGAAUGACAGCCCGAAAGCGGAUGUCGAUCCAGCUGCCGAUCAAUAUCCGCGCGUCCUCCAGGAACACAGACACGAGCGAUGAAGCGACUGGGGGAAUGGCUGAAAUGACGAUACUUGAGGAUGCUUGAUUGACUUUAUUAAACGCAAAUGUUACACUAUACUUCAACGUAAAUGAAAUAAACAUGCCAUGAGGGCAUAACUAGUUUCAAGUACGAAAUUUUGAAUGUACCGAUUCGAAGAAAUAAUAACAGGGUCAUUUCCAAAAUUUGACGUAAGAGGGGGUGUAGCCUAGGGGCGUUAUCUUUUGACUUGCACCCCUCUCUCCGAACCGAAAUUUAUUUUGUUUAAUGUUUUUGCAGUUGGGAUUGGGACUCCUCCAAGAAAUCUUUAACAAUUUCUUGUCCGAAAUGAUGCAUGAUGAGCGUAUUUUAUUACAUUUUUCUCUUAUAUUGAAAUAAAAAGAAAAAAAUUACGCUCCAGCCUGGAUUCGCGUAUGUGGCAUUCUUCCUUGUAUAUUAUUUCUUCCUUUGAUGUUUUGCUUUAUUUAUAUGAUGUUUCUCUUCACAUCGUUCUACAAUUACUGUUGAACUAUAGACAACGGGACACGCUAUCAGGAUGCCAACGCCAUGAAGUUAUUUACCGAAACAACCGUGCCCGGAUUUGGAAUAACGGCUACCACGAAAAUAUAAACUUACAAUUCUACAUUUAUUCCUACACAAUUUCACAUAAUAAAUGCAUAAAAAAUUACAAAUUACAACAACAUUUUGUAAAUUCAUGUGCAAGUUUGAAUCUGUUAACAACUUUUCUUCUUCUUCUUCUUCUUAUAGGGAUACAUGAUACACACACUGUUACAUAUGGCUAUCGAAUAGGCAUGCUAAAAGAACAAUCAAAUCGCAAAUCAAAAAUAUUAUAAUGGGUUUUGCGUCCAGCAUUGAAUUGAUUUCGUUUGAAAUCCGCCAUUGUAUUCUGAUACCUGAUUGUUUAAUUAUACUGGAAGUUUUAUAAUAUUAAUAAUAAUAAUAAUAAUAAGUUUUAUUAGCAUUAAUGUUGUGGCAACAUCAUAGCCAUACAAAUAAUAGCAUACACUUUAUAUUGAAUCAAUCGACACUUGCUGGUAAAGGUUUAAAGGCUCUUAAUGCCAUUCUUUCAAAUGUUAAAAAUAAGCCUUUAAGACCAAGUACAGUAUGCCAAAUGUUUGAUGCAUUUGUCUCAUCAGUUCUUAAUUACGGUUGUGAAAUUUGGAGAAUUGGAAAAAAUAAGGAAAUUGAAAGGGUUCAUCUGAAGUUUUGUAAAUUAUUAUUACAUGUUAAACAGUCCACAUCGACAGUGUCAAUUUAUGGUGAACUAGGAAGGCAUCCAUUGCAUAUAACAAGACAUACACGAAUUAUAAAAUUUUGGUGUAAAGCACUAAAUAGCGAUAAUAGUAUCGUUAGUACAUUGUAUAAUAAUCUUUUAUCAGAUUGUGCAAAAGGGAAUACUAAUUGGGCUAGUAAUGUAAAACUGUUGCUUUACACAAAAUGGUGACAUUGAAGAUGAGUUUCAUUUUGUUUGUGUUUGUGACGUAUACGAUGAUUUACGUAGAAUGUAUUUGAGAAGAAAAUAUAUCGUUAGGCCUAGUAUGAUGAAAUUGUUGAUCUUAUGCAAGAUACGAAUUAUUCCGAACAGCUUGAUCUGUGCAAAUUUAUUUCUAAAGCAUUUGAACGUCGUCAUAACAUUGUAAAUAUCAUGAUAAUGAUCUUUAUUAAAGGUUUUAAUUACAUUUUGGCUUUUUUGCAUACUAUAAUAUAUAUUUAAAAAAUCUAGCUUUCAUCAUAAAAAUUAUUAUAUUAAUAUUUACUAACUAGUUGUUAGUCCAUCCUCACUGUGUAAGUGAAAUGUUAAUGUAAUGUAAAAGUAUCUAAUGUUAAAGUUUUAUGUUAAACUAUUGAUUAUCAGUUCUUUUCUCAUGUCUGAGAUUUCAAACCUAUCAUGUUAUCGUUGUAUAUAUGUUUAAUUGAAUGUAUUAUAUCUAUCAUGUAAUGAGGAGCACUUUGUGUUCAAGUUGAAUCUCGAAAUCUUGAAUCUUGUAAUCUGAUACCAUACACAUCUCGCUUAAGAACCCAACUGUCAUGGUAAAUACACGACAUCCCCUAGUAUAGUUAAAGAUGCACUCUUACACCCAUUUGUUUUACCUCAAUAAAUACUUUAUUUAAAUAUAAAAAAGAAUGAAUA